AUGUCUCAACUACAAGAACAACAACAACAACAGCAGAGUAACAGUAGUAAUAGUAGUAAUGUACAAGGCAAUGGCAGUCCACCACCAAUAGAAGGUGACGAAGACACCGAUAUCACCGAUGUUUUACAAGAACAAUUACAAUUGGAAAUGAUGAAUGCUAUAACUACUUUUACUACUAGUAGUACAACUGCUGCUGCUGCUGCUACAACUACAGUUGAUAAUAGUAAUAGUAAUAAUAAUAUACCAGCUGUUGAAGAAAUAACAACUCCUACUACAACUACAACAACUACAACAACUAAUCAACCACCUUCUCCACCACCACAACCAAAAGAAAUUGGUACACUUUUAGAUUAUUGUUUUGAUUAUAUAUUACAAAACUUGGAGAAUGAAGAGAUUAAGGGUUUGUGCGAUCAGAUACCAACUCCGUUAAAAGAGAACCUAUUCUCUGAUUAUACAUCUAAAAUAUCAAAUUUACCACCUUCAUCUCCGUUCCCGAUAACGUCGUAUCCCGAAGACCGAUACAGAGACGUGCAACUAGUCAAUCGUAUCACAUGUCAGCGUGUCAUCCCACUUUGUUUUGCCAUGUGGAGCUCGCUCGACUACAAAUACGAAAAGGUGCGAAAGCUCAUUGAAGAAGAGUCGUGCGAUGUCAACGAGAGUGAUCUCGAGGGCUUUUGUCCGCUCCAUUAUGCUGCCAUCUAUGGUCGUAUCGAUGCAUGCAAACUACUUCUCAAGCAUGGUGCCGAUUGCACUAGAAAGAAUAACUUUGGUAAAACUCCUGCCGAUUUGGCUCAGGAUGUAAAAGUUCAACAAAUGAUCAAAUUGAGAGCAUUUUUGUUUAAAAAGGAAGAAGUUAAAGAGAUGGAACAAGAUUUAUUGGCCAAAAGAAAACAUUUUGAAGAAUUUAAGAGAAGAAAGUUGAUAGAAGACUUUCAACAAUUCUCAAAUGGAUUACAAAAGAAAGGUAUUGAAAGUAGGAAACCACUUCAUCAUUCAAUUUCAAUCAUUCAUUUAAAUAAUAAUAAUAAUCAUAUUGGUAAUAAUAAUAAUAAUAAUAAUAUUAAUAAUAAUAAUAAUAAUAAUGGUAAUGGACAACAACAACAACAACCAACUUCAUUAUUACAAACAUCAGCUCAUUUAAUUCAACCUACUGCAACUCUACCAAUCCAUUUGAAUGAUCCUUCUACUUCAUCUUCACAAUCAUCAUCAUCAUCAUCAUCUACUAGUAGUAUUGAAAAUGGUAGUAAUAUCUCAACGCCAACCUUUUUGGAACAACAACAACAAACAACUACCAUUUCAACCAACACCGACACCACAACAGAAACCAUCAAUGUAAAUAAUAAUAAUAAUAAUAAUAAUCAAUCCAACAGUAAUUCUUUAUCUUGUUUAGAUCCAUCUUUAUCUUCUUCAUCUUCAUCUUUAUCUUCAUCACCAUCAUCAACAUCAACCAUAAAUAAUGACAAUGUAUUUUCUAUGAAUAAUAAUAGCAAUAAUCCAUUUAGAACACUUAUUGCUCAAAUCGAUCUACCUCAACCUACUAGUCAGUCACCAUUACUCAACAACCACCAUCAUCCUUCUAUCCACAUUCAUCACCAAAGUUCGGCGUCCAUCUCACAAGUCACCCACUCACUUGGUAAUCUUACCAUUGCCAUUCCAAGAAGCAGACCUAGUAAUAGUGCCGGUCCACUACCACCCCAAAAUAAUUCUCCUCUAGAUGAUUCUCCUCAAAGUAAUGAUGGAGUUGGAGUAGGAGGUGACCAGCAUACGACGACGACGACCACAACAACUUCUACAAACAACUCUUCUUCUUCUAAAUAA